AUGGGCUGUGAGUACCUUCAUUGCGGUGCUCACCGCAGCAUCUUCUCUGCUCUCCCCUCAGGAGUUUGGUGCUUUAGCGAGCUCUUCUUCCUGAGGGAGCCCCAGGAUGUGACUGUCCCCCGCAAGGAUUCGGUGGUCCUGGACUGCCAGGCCCGCGGUGAAGCUCCCAUCACUGUUACGUGGCUGAAAAAUGGAGGCAAAGUGCCUGAAAAUGAGCGGAUCUACACCUUGUCCAACGGCUCUCUGUACAUCAGCGAGGUGGAAGGCAGGAAAGGGGAGCCGUCGGAUGAAGGAUUUUACCAGUGCUUAGCUCUGAACAAGCAUGGGGCCAUUCUCAGCCAGAAAAGUCACCUUACGAUAGCAACCAUUUCUGCCUUUGAAGUCCAGCCACUUUCAGCUGAAGUCCAAGAAGGUGGAGUAGCUCGAUUUGCCUGUAAGAUAACAGCAAGCCCUCCUGCUGUCAUCACGUGGGAGGUGAAUCGGACAGCUUUACCUCUAGUCAUGGACAGGGUAACGGCUCUACCCACAGGAGUUCUGCAGAUCUACGGUGUCGAGCGGAGAGAUGCUGGGAAUUACCGAUGUGUUGCCACAACGAUAGCCAACAGGCGUAAAAGUGCCGAGGCAGUGCUGAGUGUUAUCCCAGCAUCUGACUUGAGGCCAUUUCACAAGCCAGCUAUAAUAGCAGGUCCUCAGAACAUUACAGCGUCCCUUCAUCAGACAGUCAUACUGGAGUGUGUUGCCACAGGGAAUCCAAAGCCAAUCGUCUCAUGGAGCCGGUUAGACCAUAAGUCCAUUGAUGUUUUCAAUACCCGUGUCCUUGGAAACGGGAACCUGAUGAUCUCGGACGUGAAGGUGCAGCACGCCGGAGUGUACGUCUGCCGAGCCACCAUUCCCGGCACGCGGAACUUCACGGUGGCGAUGGCAACUCUCACUGUGCUGGCUCCCCCUUCGUUUGUGGAAUGGCCGGAAAGUUUAACAAGGCCUCGGGCUGGCACUGCUCGUUUCGCCUGUCAGGCAGAAGGAAUUCCAGCCCCCAAGAUUUCAUGGUUGAAAAAUGGAAGGAGAAUACACUCAAAUGGUAGAAUAAAAAUGUACAACAGUAAACUGGUGAUUAACCAGAUCAUUCCUGAAGAUGAUGCCAUUUAUCAGUGCAUGGCUGAGAAUAGCCAGGGCUCUAUUCUGUCCCGGGCCAGACUUACCGUGGUCAUGUCAGAAGACAGACCCAGCGCGCCCUAUAACGUGCACGCCGAAACGAUGUCCAGUUCCGCCAUCCUGCUCGCAUGGGAGAGGCCCCUGUAUAAUUCAGACAAAGUGAUUGCCUACUCUGUACAUUACAUGAAAGCAGAAGGUUUAAACAACGAAGAGUACCAAGUGGUCAUUGGAAAUGAUACAACCCAUUACAUUAUUGAUGACUUGGAACCCGCCAGCAACUAUACAUUUUAUAUUGUCGCCUAUAUGCCUCUGGGAGCCAGUCAGAUGUCAGACCAUGUGACUCAGCACACCCUUGAAGAUGUUCCCUUGAGAGCUCCUGAAAUCAGUCUGACAAGCCGGAGUCCUACGGAUAUUCUCAUCUCUUGGCUGCCAAUCCCAGCAAAAUACAGGCGAGGCCAAGUGGUCUUGUACCGUUUGUCUUUCCGUCUCAGCACCGAGAGCAAAAUCCAGGUGCUGGAGCUUCCCGGGACGGCGGACGAGUAUCUCCUCGAAGGCCUGAGGCCCGACAGCGUCUACUUGGUUCGGAUCACUGCUGCGACGAGGGUUGGCUGGGGAGAGGCGUCGCUGUGGACUUCCCACCGGACUCCCAAGGCUACGAGUGUGAAAGCACCUAAGUCUCCUGAGCUGCAUUUGGAACCGAUGAACUGUACGACCAUAACAGUACAGUGGCAGCAGGACUCUGAGGACACUGCAACUAUUCAAGGGUACAAGUUAUAUUACAAGGAAGAAGGUCAACAGGAGAAUGGACCAAUUUUGUUGGAUGCUGGCGAUCUGGAAUAUACUGUCAGUGGUUUAGAUCCCAGAAGGAAGUAUCAUGUAAGGCUGCUGGCAUAUAACAGUAUGGAAGAGGGUUAUCAGGCAGACCAGACAGUCAGCACCCCAGGAUGUGUUUCUGUCCGUGAUCGGAUGGUGCCUCCUCCACCACCCCCUCACCACCUCUAUGCCAAAGCCAACACUUCAUCUUCUAUCUACCUUCACUGGGGUAAGCCUGCCUUCACGUCUGCCCAGGUCAUCAACUACACCAUCCGCUGCAACCCGGUGGGACUGCAGAACGCUUCUCUGGUUCUCUACCUUCAAACGUCAGAGACUCACAUGUUAGUUCAAGGUCUUGAGCCAAAAACCAUGUAUGAAUUUGCAGUUCGGCUGCACGUGGACCAGCUCUCCAGUCCCUGGAGUCCAGUGGUCUACCAUACUACUCUUCCGGAAGCACCAUCUGGCCCUCCGGUGGGAGUGAAGGUGACUUUGAUAGAGGAUGAUACUGCUUUGGUUUCCUGGAAGCCACCUGACGGUCCUGAAACAGUUGUUACACGAUAUACUAUCCUCUAUGCAUCCAGGAAGUCUUGGAUUGCUGGGGAGUGGCAGGUGUUGUACAGAGAAGGAGCAAUGACCAUGGCUCUGCUGGAGAACCUUGUAGCAGGCAAUGUCUACCUGGUUAAAAUAGCGGCCUCCAAUGAAGUGGGAGAAGGACCCUUCUCAAAUGCAGUGGAACUUGCUGUCCUGCCAAAGGAGACAUCGGAGUCUAAUCAGAGGCCUAAACGCUUGGAUUCAGGAGAUUCCACAGCUUAUUCUGACUAUUACCAUCUGGACCAGAAGUCAAUGACUGGCAUUGUUGUUGGAGUAUGCAUAGCCUUGACCUGCAUCCUUAUUUGCAUUCUGAUCUUAAUCUAUCGCAGUAAAGCCAGGAAAACAUCUGCUCCUAAACCUGUGCAGCAAAGCACUGACCAGCUGUCACAUACCAGCAUCUCAUUAGCCAGUGCUAAUGAGGUGGGGAAGAGUAUUGAAGGAAUUGCAGAGAAUGAAGAAUCACUAUUGCCAAUGAUAGUGGGAAACAGCUUCAUCGAUGCUAAGGGAGGAUCUGAUCUGAUUAUCAACAGCUAUGGGCCUGUCACAAAGGCCAGCUGCAAGAAAAGGUGGCUGUUCUUCCCAGAUAUGAAGAAGGUGAAAACAGAGGAGCCUCAGGGAAGAUUUGCCCAGGCAGUGUGUCUGUACCAGCCAGGCACCACUGUGCUGAUCAGCGAGGAUGACUCCCCCAGCUCCCGCGGCCAGCAGUCGAAUUUCCAGGUGCCAUUCAGUGUUGUUGCUGAUACAGAACAUUCAGCCAACAGCGAAGGAAGCCACGAGACCGGAGACUCUGGGAGAUUCUCUCACGAAUCCAACGAUGAGAUCCACCUCUCUGCUGUGACUGGCAACACCCCUCCCACCACCGCUCCUUUUGAAGGCAGUGACUCGGGCACGAACGUGAUGAACCCUGCUUUAAGCAACUGCAAAGAGUGUCCCCUGCCAUUCGCUGCUGACCAGCCGCCUACCUCACCUCUUCAGAUACAGUCUGCAGUGCACAACUGACGUCCGUAGGCCCUGCCAAGCAUUCUCGCAGGAUGUGUCUGUUCGAAGGACAAUGAACAGGAAGCCAAAGCUUUUUGUGGGGAGCCUGACUAAUCUAGCAGGUGAUCCCAUAUUUCUGUUGAAUGUUUCCUUCCUUUUUUUGUUUGUUUGUUUGUUUUUAAAACUCACUCAUUUUGAAUGUUCAGUGGUGAACAAAUAUGAAAGGACAGUGAAGAUUUCUGACUAGAGUUAAAAAUGUAUCACUGGAGCAAAGGGAAGGCUGCUGGCCUUUUUGCUGACUAUCUACCUCAGUUUGCCGAGAGGUGAACUCUGAAUGAUAACUGCUUUACCUCAUCUGUGUUCUAGUUCAUCUCAGCUGUGGAACUGAUGAUACUUCCUAGUAGUGUUGCUUUAGUUUGAAUUUCUUUCUUUGGAUGCUGUGUGUAGAGUGUGUGUGUGUAUGUGUGUGUGUGCGCGCGUGUGCGCACAGUGAUCAGGGAGUUGUAUAGGUAGAUGAACGAGAUUGUUUAGCUGAAGCUCUGUCUUUAAAAAGAAGGAAACCUCGGAGUAUAAAAUGCAAUGAUGGCUGUCUCAGAGGAAGUUAAAAACUGGGAAAACAGGGGUUGGUGCUUUCAAAUAUACAGCCGCAUCAAAUCUUUUGUAUCUUUUGGCCUCUCAUAGCCCCAGUAAGCCUAGGACAGUGCCUUUCCCCCUAAAACUUGUGCCAGCGACUCCUUAGGGCUCUGGGGACAUGUUGACUUCCCCCAAACGACAAGACAUUGCCUCUGUUGAGAGUUAAUGCUAAAAAGCAUGGCAAAAUGAAGAAGUAUUUAGCAUUUCCAGCCAGCUCGUCUCUGCCUGAGAGUCAUGGACUAGACAGUAGGGCUGAGUAUUCCACUAUCUCAGUACUUCUUGGCAACAGUGCCUUGAGUUAGAGAUUAUGAAAUUAUUGAUUUGCCUUUUUAGUAUUCAUUAAGUUGCUUUAGAGUACAGAAGGAUGCCUUAAAUGCUUCUUAGCUGUUACCGGGUGAAC